UGCUAGAGCGUUCCGGGUAAGUGCGGCUAGGGAGGGGCAAACUGCCUCUGCGAUGUUUGCAGCCUGGUUUCUAGGUUAGUGUUUUGCCUGCAUCUGCACCAUGACCACCUUCGAGAAGCCUCAGAUCAUUGUCCACAUUCAAAAAGGCCUCAACUACACGGUGUUCGACUGCAAAUGGGUGCCCUGCAGUGCCAAGUUCGUGACGAUGGGCAACUUCGCCCGGGGCACCGGCGUUAUCCAGGUGUACGAGAUCCAGCGCGGGGACCUGAAACUGCUGCGGGAGAUUGAAAAGGCUAAGCCCAUUAAAUGUGGAACAUUUGGUGCCGCGUCCUUGCAGCAGAGAUACUUAGCUACGGGUGAUUUUGAUGGAAAUCUUCAUAUAUGGAAUUUGGAAGCUCCAGAGAUGCCAGUGUAUUCUGUAAAAGGCCACAAGGAAAUUAUAAACACUAUAGAUGGUAUAGGUGGACUUGGAAUUGGGGAAGGAGCGCCUGAAAUUGUGACCGGCAGCCGGGAUGGAACUGUAAAGGUGUGGGACCCAAGACAAAAGGAUGAUCCUGUUGCUAACAUGGAACCUGCACAAGGAGAAAACAAGAGAGACUGUUGGACUGUGGCAUUUGGCAAUGCUUAUAAUCAAGAGGAACGUGUUGUCUGUGCUGGCUAUGACAAUGGGGACAUCAAGCUGUUUGAUCUCAGAAACAUGUCACUGCGGUGGGAGACGAACAUUAAAAAUGGGGUGUGUAGCUUGGAGUUUGACAGGAAGGACAUCAGUAUGAAUAAGUUAGUAGCUACAUCUCUGGAAGGCAAGUUCCACGUCUUUGACAUGAGGACGCAGCAUCCCACCAAAGGCUUUGCUUCUGUUACAGAAAAGGCCCAUAAAUCCACCAUAUGGCAAGUUCGACACCUGCCUCAGAACAGAGAGCUCUUCCUGACAGCGGGAGGCGCCGGGAGUCUGCACCUCUGGAAGUAUGAAUACCCUAUUCAUCGGUCUAAGAAAGAUUCCGAGGGAGUAGAGAUGGGAGUCGCGGGUUCCGUCAGCCUUCUGCAGAAUGUGACCUUGUCUACUCAGCCCGUCUCGAGUUUGGACUGGAGUCCUGACAAACGGGGGCUCUGCAUCUGUAGCUCCUUUGACCAGACAGUGCGAGUGCUGAUUGUUACAAAGCUCCAGACCGUCUGACCAGCGCUUGGAACUUGACAUCUUCCAGGGGUUACUCACAGAAUUCGAGCUAUCUUCUCCAUCCUCUGGCCUCCUUGAAGACAUUGGAUUUGAGUGAUGAAUGACAGCCACAGGCACGAAGCCAGUCACCCUCCAGCUUCUCUGGGCGUUUGGUGGCCUGACGGGCAUGCUGCUGCAGGUGAAGGUGCCACACAACAGGGUUGGCUUUCUUCCUUCUCCCCAUAUUUCUACUAAAAAAUGUGGAGCCAGGUGCUGUGGUCUUGGUCCCAGCUACUUACGGAUUUAGACCAUAAGAUCAAGACUGCUUGGGCAGCAUAGUCAGGUCCUGCCUUUAAAAACAGUUGGGGUGUCGCUGAAGAGGUGACUCGUGGUGAGAGAGCCUGACGCUCUUGCAGAAGACCCAAGUUUGGGUCUCAGCAUCCAUACCGGGUGACUUACAACCCCCGUAACGCCAGCUCCAGGGCGUCUGAUGCCAUUUUCUGGCUGUAUCGGGCAAUGCUACUCAUAAACACAUACACAUACUUAGAAAUUUACAAAAAUUUUGUAUUUAAAUUUUUUAAAAAUUAAAAAAAAAAACACCAAAGUCAGUAGUUGUUAUUUGUGUUUUAAGUUUGUUCUGUAUCUCAGAAGUUCUACAUUUUCUCUGUACAUUUGUGCUUUAUUUUAGUGUUUCCAUAUUGUAGGAAGCAUUUAAUUUGGUUUGUAAAGUACUGGAAACACUGUUCAAUGGGACAGACUGGAGACCCUGUUUCUCAGUGUAACUGGUGAAAUACUGUGACUUACCGCCGUCUCUCUUUUACUCGAAUACAGGUGUUGAGUGAGUGAGACUUGGUGGUUUUUUUGCUGUGGUAAGCGAUGAUGAGUGGUUGAAGAUUGGAGUGCUUUUUUUUUUAAACCUUUAAAAUAUAUUUUUUAAAUAAACAGGUUUCUAAAGUC